CAUAUAUCACCGCAGCCUGUGGGAUGGUGGCAGAAAUGGUGGAGUCUUUGCCGUCAGUGUUGGCCUUGGGGCAUAAAAGGAAUAGCAACACCCCAGCGUUUCUCACGUCGGUGCUCAGGAACAUCAUCGUCAGCCUGGCUCGCUUACCCCUCGUCAACAGCUACACGCGCGUCCCCCCACUGGUUUGGAAGCUCGGAUGGUCGCCCAAGCCGGGAGGUGACUUUGGCACAUGCUUCCCUGAGAUCCCGGUGGAGUUCCUCCAGGAGAAGGAAGUCUUUAAAGAGUUCAUCUACCGCAUCAAUGCACUAGGGUGGACCAGCCGCACCCAGUUUGAGGAAACGUGGGCCACCCUCCUUGGCGUCCUGGUGACUCAGCCCCUCGUGAUGGAGCAGGAGGAGAGCCCGCCGGAAGAAGACACGGAGAGGACCCAGAUCAAUGUCCUGGCCGUGCAGGCCAUCACCUCCCUGGUGCUGAGCGCAAUGACCGUGCCCGUGGCCGGCAACCCAGCCGUGAGCUGCUUGGAGCAGCAGCCCCGGAACAAGCCCCUCAAAGCCCUCGACACCAGGUUUGGGAGGAAGCUGAGCAUUAUCCGAGGAAUUGUAGAGCAGGAAAUCCAAGCGAUGGUUUCAAAGAGAGAGAACAUCGCCACGCAUCACUUAUACCAGGCGUGGGACCCUGUCCCUUCUCUGUCUCCAGCUACGACAGGUGCCCUCAUCAGCCACGACAAGCUUCUGCUGCAGAUCAACCCCGAGCGGGAGCUGGGGAACAUGAGCUAUAAGCUCGGCCAGGUGUCCAUUCACUCCGUGUGGCUGGGGAACAGCAUCACACCCCUGAGAGAGGAGGAGUGGGAGGAAGAGGAAGAGGAGGAGGCCGAUGUUCCCGCCCCUGCGUCUCCACCCACAUCACCCGUCAACUCCAGGAAGCACCGGGCUGGGGUCGAUAUCCACUCCUGUUCCCAGUUUUUGCUUGAACUGUACAGUCGCUGGAUCCUGCCGUCAGGGUCAGCCCGAAGGACGCCCAUCAUCCUGAUCAGUGAAGUGGUUCGAUCUCUCCUAGUGGUCUCAGACUUGUUCACCGAACGCACCCAGUUUGAGAUGAUGUAUCUGACGCUGACAGAGCUGCGGAGGGUGCACCCUGCAGAAGAUGAGAUUCUUAUUCAGUACCUGGUACCCGCCACCUGCAAGGCGGCUGCCGUCCUGGGAAUGGAUAAGGCUGUGGCAGAGCCCGUCAGCCGGCUGCUGGAGAGUACCCUGAGGAGCAGCCACCUGCCCAGCAAGGUCGGGGCCCUGCACGGCGCUCUCUACGUGCUGGAGUGUGACCUCCUGGAUGAGACGGCCAAGCAGCUCGUCCCAGUCAUCAGCGACUACCUCCUGUCCAACCUCAAAGGGGUGGCCCACUGCGUGAACAUUCAUAGCCAGCAGCAUGUGCUGGUGAUGUGUGCCACCGCCUUCUACCUGAUCGAGAACUAUCCCCUGGAUGUGGGCCCGGAGUUCUCUGCGUCAAUCAUACAGAUGUGUGGGGUGAUGCUGUCCGGAAGUGAGGAAGCCACCCCGUCCAUCAUCUACCACUGCGUCCUGCGGGGCCUGGAGCGCCUCCUGCUGUGCGAACAGCUGUGCCGCCUGGAUGCGGAGUCCCUGGUCAAGCUGAGUGUGGACAGAGUGAAUGUGCACAGCCCGCACCGGGCCAUGGCCGCCCUGGGCCUGAUGCUCACCUGCAUGUACACAGGGAAGGAGAAAAUCAGUCCAGGCAGAACCUCAGACCCCAGCCCCGGCGCCCCGGACAGCGAGUCAGUGAUUGUGGCUAUGGAACGCGUGUCUGUUCUUUUUGACAGGGUCAGGAAAGGGUUCCCCUGUGAAGCCAGAGUGGUGGCACGGAUCCUUCCUCAGUUUUUAGACGACUUCUUCCCACCCCAGGAUGUCAUGAACAAAGUCAUUGGAGAAUUUCUCUCCAACCAGCAGCCAUACCCUCAGUUCAUGGCCACCGUUGUGUACAAGGUUUUCCAGACGCUGCACACCACCGGGCAGUCAUCCAUGGUCCGGGACUGGGUCAUGCUGUCCCUCUCCAACUUCACCCAGAGGACCCCGGUGGCAAUGGCCGUGUGGAGCCUCUCCUGCUUCUUCAUCAGCGCUUCCACCAGCCCGUGGGUCUCGGCUGUCCUUCCCCACGUCAUCAGCAGGAUGGGCAAGCUGGAGCAGGUGGACGUGAACCUCUUCUGCCUGGUGGCCACGGACUUUUACAGACACCAGAUAGAAGAGGAGCUGGACCGCCGGGCCUUCCAGUCCGUGUUCGAGGUGGUCGCGGCACCAGGAAACCCAUAUCAUCGAUUGCUGACUUGUUUGCGGAACGUCCACAAGGUCGCCACGUGCUGAGUGCCCACGGGGCAGCAGCACCAGAGCCGGGGGGGCCUGCCCACGCCGGCGUGGUUCCGCACCCAGGCCUCCCCUCGAGUUGCGCCGUGGCCGAGCAGGCGGUGUCCGGCUCUGCCCGUGGCAGAGGAGCUCUGUGGCAGGGAGGCUGCGUGCAGGGACCACACGCAGGAACGUGGGGUUGAGCCUGAGUCCUUGCGGAGGGCAGGAGCCGCUGGUCACUAACCCUCUGUGCUGCAGCUAGUGCAAAAUGCCAGCCAGCCGGCUGUUCCUGUCCUCUUAGCGCCCACCUGCCCGCGGCCACCAGGCUACAGCUGCUCUUGCGUCCGGGACGGAGUCUUCGGUCUUGCAGGUUGGCCACGGGCCUCUCUGCUGUCCCACAGGCAGAAGGUGGCGCCAGCAGGCUUUCGGGAGCGCUCCCCAGGGCUCUGGCCUGGGGGUCAGGGCCAUGCCCAGCCCCCCGAUGGGAAUGCCGUGGGGUGUGCGGGUCGGGGGUGCUGGGAACGCGACACCCAGCGCCACACUUCCCUUUCUCUGUUUUCUUCUCAGGAUUUAAAGUUUAAUUAUAUCAGUAAAGAGAUUAAUUUUAAGGUAACUUUCUAUGCCCGUGUAAAGUAUGUGCAUUGCCAAGUCUGUGCCGCAUGCGACAGCGCCUGCAGAAGCCCCCCGAGCUGGUCCUGUCCCGGCCGCCCCCUGCUCUCUGUCCUGGAGCUCCUCCCACCGGGCACCUGUCUGUCUUAUUAACACGCCGGUGACGUUCUGUGGUGCGCUGCACUUUCUCACGCGUCCCCAUCUGAUAAGAAUUUGGGGAUGUUUAAUGUUCAGGUGUUUGGUCAGGAAUUCACACAGCCCCUCUGAGGAUUGGAAGGUGCCCGCUCCCCUGUCCCGUGCACGGGCGGGGCCUCUCUGGGCCCGCCCACAGCACCCUCCUCCUCCCGCACGGACCGCUCUAAAGCUUUCGCUCCCCAGUGAAGGACCACUGGCACCGCACUGACAAGGCCAGCCCACCUGGUCGCGGCAGUCUGUCGUGUCCAGCGACGCCGGCCCGGAUGUCCUACGGUCCCGUCCCGAGCAGAGUGUGGGCUACAGUCUGCCCAGGGGCCGACUAGCCGCUGUUGGGGUCUUCCCAUGUGGUUUCUCUUGUGUGUUAGGGCCCAGGCAUGUAACAGAGUUACCUUUGUCUGCACCUCUCUUCAUCAAGAGCAAAGCUUGGUGUCUUGGCAACCAUUAGAGAAGGACCCCAGCACCUCCUCCGUCUCCUUUCCUGCUCAACCCAUACACUGGGCCUCCUUUCGGGAGGGUGCGGAUCUGUGCCCACUGGACCUAUGAUGGGGCUCGAUUGGAGGGGGCAGGAAGGGACAGGACUGGGCAGCGACUGGCCAGCCUGUGGCCCCUCAGAGCCGCUGCUUCUACCCUAGACCCAGGCCACCGGACCAGCUGUUUCCAGCCCCAAAGUAGCCAAACCGUCCAGUGCAGACGAGGCCUGGACGUUUGGGUUGACCCCUGCUGGGCAGAGCCUGUGGCGUGCCUACGAAUGGGGCCGUGCUUGCCGUCUGACGAUGCUGGCAGGCACUCGGCCUUCUUGGCCCCCGGAGGUGGGCCGGUCACGUGAUGCUGCCAUGCUGGUCAGUUUGGUCGUGAGUUCAAGCGCAGGCAGCAUUUUGGGUAUUUCAUGUGGUAAGUGAAGAUAACUUUGAAGUCCUUUCCAGAGUCUGCAAAGAAGGAGUUUUGGUGCCUGGUUAGUUACCCUGACGUCUGGCCAGUACGGGCCUGACAUCCCACUGCAGUGCACACAGGCCUGCAGGGCUCACACCAAACUGCCUGGAGACCCCCGAGCUGACCCCCUGCCCCAGAGCUGCCAUUUUCCUUCCUGCCCUUUCCUGCUGCAGCGGUUUGGGACCUCCUGGGGUGCAGGGUUUUCCCGCCAGCCCCCGCUGAGGCCCCACUGAGCCAGGGCGUGAGUGGUAGAAAUGGGUCCCAUGUCUGGGCAGGACCAGAAGGGAACCUUAACGGAAAGUAAGUCACCAUUGUCCCCCACCCCUGCUGGGCUCCCAUUUCUCAUCCUGCCGUUUCCCAUAAAAAGCCUGCUAGCAUGUUUGUAAGCGCAGGAAAGUGCUCCAUCCCCCCACCGUCACCUCCGUGGCUCUGAGCACCCCGGGCCACAUGCUCUUCCUGUUGAGGAGUUUAUAUCUGUAGGAAGUAACACUGUGAAUGUGAGGUUUGGAACCGUUCCCCUUAGUAUCCAUAUCACCGGGCUCACCUGCAAGCGUCAUUGGUCUUCCCUUGUUUGCCAUCGACCCGAAAUAGUCGGUCUUAACAAGGGGGCCUGGAGCCCAGCUCUGGCCGUAGGCGCUGACCCAAAGACUGGCCUGUGUGCUCGGAGAUGAAUAGGAGUUGGUGAGUGAAGUCCUUUAGCCAGGGAGAGUAGAUGUGUGUGUGCCUAUGCGCAGAUCUAUAAUUACACGUAUAUCUCAGUAUGCAAAUACGCAAGGCUACCAAGAAUGGCCGCGUCAGUUCUUUGCAGAAGUCGGCUUUUCUUAGCCGUGCCACGGGGAGUCGGCUGCAUGGCAGAGACGUCUAGGAACUGUGUCAUUGCUCAUUAAAAUCCUACUGAGGAAAGGGUCCAUCCACCUUGCCAGCUCUCUGCACAAGGAAUUAAAAGACUAUCAAGUUCCUAGAAGUCUGUGGCAAGCAGCAGUCAUAUCAUCAAUCCAAAUGUUGAAAAUGCUAAUUUGGCAGGUUUGUUUGCAGAGGGGGGUUUGUUCUGCUGCCGACACUUUGAGCACAGACUUGAGUGAAACCAGGGUGAUGCACGUGCCUUCCCCAGAAACGUGCCUCCCUUCCCUGUUGCCCUGCUGCGGGCUGCCCGUACCCGCUCCUCCGUCCUAUUUUUGCCAGCAAAUGGAUCUUUUCCAGAGGAUGAAUGCGGCUGACCCCUCCAGACACCCAGAAUGUAGCACCAGAAGGCCCUGCCUCUUAGAGGACCCCCAACCGCACCCAGGCCCCCCCAUUGCCGGUGUCACUUCCAAGUCCCCAGGUCCCCGGGGCGGCUUCUCCUGGGAGCUGCAGCGAGCCCUUGUUGUGGGUUUUGUUGGAACAGACUCUGACCAGCAAGAACUGCCCUUGGCCGUCCUGUAGACAAAGCUUCCUUCUGCCGUGGGGGCUGCAGGGGGCGGGGUUCUCUGGCAUUUCCGGGGAGUGGGAUUCAUUUUCUCUUGAUACUGUGAGCAUCUUUCCCAGCAUACGUCCUCACUCUGUGUUGUGUCCUUCCCUCUCCAGUGAGCCCUCGAAGCCACGGCUGCCAGCCGUGUGACCGUGGGACGGUUCUGUGUGGGGGACAGGGGGCAGCAGCAGGGGAGCGGCCUUGCUGGAGAGUUCAGGAGGACUGCUGGUGCUGCCGGCCUGGAAGGUUCAGGGGUCACUUUCCCCCGCGCACCUGUCACUUUUAAUGCAGCUGAAGGAACCCUCUUCCCCUGCCCCGAGUGCCUCUGGGAGCACCUGGCCCUGGACAGUCACUGCCGUUUCCCUGUGCAAACAGGGUGGUGACCGCCGGCGCUGGAGGAUGGUGGCCCUUGUGGACCUGCUGCACGUGGUUGGGCUCUGAGUGGGGCCACCUGUGCACACUCCCUCCUGGGCACUGCGGCCGAGUGUCUGUGGGCAGGCCAUGUGCUCCUGCUGCGCCGCCUGCCACCGCCACCCCACGCGGGGGCCAGCAAGGCUGUGAGGGGCACGUCCCGGAGCCCUGGCCCGGACCUGACUGUCCGCUGCCAAGAGGAGAGGGAAGGACUGACCUGCGACGUGUAUUUAAGUUUUUAAACUGCUGCAAACGUUGUGUAUCUGAAUUAAAGGGAAAUGACACCCCA